AGCAAUUUCCCAGUAUUUCACAAAUUUGGGGGGAGGGAGAUUCAUUUUCUUACUCUGUUUUAGUCUCUGGAAAGAGACUGUGUGCAUCUACACUCCUGGUUUGGAGAACAAAUCUUCAAACCUGUAUUGUAUAAUGAACAGAAAAGGGUUGGAUAUAAAUGCAAUAAGAUGAUUAAAUAGAUACUAAUCUUUUGGGAUAAUAUUAUGUUUGUUUCCCUUCGCCUCCAAAUUGUGUUUCAGUCUUUAUAAUUGAUCCAUUUAUUCCAGUGAGUCCGCUAGGUACUACUGGCAUACCCUGUCCUUCCUGUUCACCAUCCAGGAGAUCAACCAGGAUCUCAGGCUCUUACCCAACACCACCCUUGGCUACAACCUCUAUGAGAACUAUUUUGAUGCCAGGAUGACUUCAGAUGCCAUGCUAGAGCUGCUUGCAGGCAGCGGAAGAAACAUUCCCAAUUAUCGCUGCGGAGAAGAGAAUCCCCUUCUGGCUGUUCUUGGAAGGAGUGAUUCUCACAUCUCAAAGGAGAUUUCCACCAUGUCAGGCAUCUACAAAAUCCCACAGCUCAGUUAUGGCUUCACAGCCCAGGUUCUUGAAGAUAAAACACAGUUCCCUUUCGUCUACCAGAUGCUCCCCAAAGAGGAAAGUCAGUACCAAGGGAUCGUGGAGUUGCUCCUCCAUUUCAGAUGGACAUGGGUUGGCCUCUUGGCUCCAGAGAAUGACAGUGGAGAAAGGUUUGUGAGCAUUAUGACACCUAUGAUGAUCAGAAGAGGGAUCUGCAUUGCCUUGUCAAAAAUAUUCGCAGAAGAGGAUUUAAAGCAACUGCUGAAGCCAAGUGAUGCUCUUUUCAACUGGAGACAAGCCAGGGUAUUUGUUUGCUAUGUAACUGAUACAGUGAGAAUCAUAUUAAUAAUGGAAAUAUGUAUGUAUUAUGAGAAGGAAAUAGGGGCCAAAGUCUGGAUCACAACAGCUUUCCAGGACAUCAGUGUUAGCUUGACUUUCCCUUGUGCAUUCUUCCAGUACAUUCAUGGUUCUCUCUCUUUCGCAAUUAAGACCAGAAUAGGGAGCACCAAACGUGGUGAUGAUGGACCACUGUCCAAUCUUCUUUUCUAUUUUUUGUGGGAAGCAUUUAACUGUUCAUAUGCAAAGCAUGUUUUAUCCCCAAAAGGCCGGAUAAGAUGCAGAGAGAAGGAGGAACGGAAGUCUUUGCCCCAAGGGGAGAUUGAGAGAGUCCUGUCUGCUGACAGCUAUGGCACUUACAUCAAUGUUCAAGGUGCAGCCCAGGCCUUAAAUGCUGCGUUUUCAUCUAGACCCCGGCGGAUGCUGAUGGUGGGAGAAGGAGCCGAAUGGGAACAAGGAAGACUUCAGUCAUGGCAGGUAUUUCCUUCCUCCUUCUGCAAACUGCAAUCCAUUGUCCUAACGGUGGAAUAA